AAGAAAAGCUUUCAAAAUACUUUUACAAUAACUGGGUUUAUUUAACAGAUAUGGACCAAUGUUAACAAAAAGAAUGACUUAACUCCGCGUUAUAACGGGGCCUGCUGCCAUGACACAGUCAGUUGUUGUCCAAGUGGGUCAGUGUGGUAACCAGGUCGGCUGCAGGUUUUGGGAUCUUGCCCUGCGAGAACAUGCCCAUGUCAAUAAAAAAGGAUUGUAUGAUGAGGCCCUCAGUAGCUUUUUUCGAAAUGAGGACUCCAGAGGAAGAGACGGGGGAGCAGACACUGUUGGUGGGAGAAUCCAGCGUCUAAAGGCCAGGGCUGUGCUGGUGGACAUGGAGGAAGGUGUGGUGAAUGAGAUCCUGCAGGGCCCGCUGAGAGAAGUGUUCGACAGCACCCAGCUCCUCACAGACGUGUCGGGUUCAGGAAACAACUGGGCAGUUGGACACCUGACUUACGGAUCGGCCUACAGAGAGCAGAUCGUGGAGAAGCUGAGGAAAGCAGCAGAACACUGUGACUGUCUGCAGUGUUUCUUUCUCAUUCACUCUAUGGGAGGAGGUACGGGCUCCGGCCUGGGGACCAGAGUGCUGAGCCUGCUGGAGGAGGAGUUUCCUGACGUUUGUCGAAUCGUCACCUCCAUCUAUCCGUCAGCAGAGGAUGAUGUCAUCACCUCGCCCUACAACAGCGUCCUGGCCAUGAGGGUCCUCACAGAGCACGCCGACUGUGUCCUGCCUGUUGAAAACCAAUCGUUGGUGGACAUUGUGAACCAGAUUAAUCACAUGUCUCAGGGUGGAAAGCCUCUGGCGGCCAUCAAGAGAGACAGCGCCAUCAUCUGUGGGCAGGGCGGGCUCUGUGGGGCAGAAAAGCCCUUUGAUGCCAUGAAUAAUAUUGUGGCUAACCUGUUGCUAAAUAUUACCAGCUCGGCUCGCUUUGAGGGAUCUCUCAACAUGGACCUGAAUGAGAUCGCUAUGAACCUGGUCCCCUUCCCUCGGCUGCACUACCUGGUGCCCAGCCUCACGCCUCUCUACACGCUGGCAGACGUCAGUGUUCCCACCAGAAGACUGGAUCAGAUGUUCAGUGAUGCCUUCAGUAGAGACCACCAGCUGAUCCGAGCCGACCCCAAGCACAGCCUCUACCUGGCCUGCGCCCUCAUGGUCCGAGGCAACGUUCAGGUGUCCGACCUCCGCAGGAACAUCGAGAGACUGAAGCCUCAGCUGCCGUUUGUCUCGUGGAACCAGGAAGGCUGGAAGAUGAGUCUGUGUUCGGUUCCUCCUGUGGGUCACUGCCACUCUCUGCUAGCUCUGGCCAACAACACCUGCGUCAAACCAACAUUCAUGGAGCUGAGAGAAAGCUUCACCAAGCUCUACAGGAAGAAGGCUCACCUUCACCACUACCUGCAGGUAGAAGGGAUGGAGAAGAGCUUCUUCUCAGAGGCCCUCAGCUCUCUCAGCUCCCUGAUAGAAGAGUACCAACAUCUGGACGCCACCAAGAGGAGCCUGGUGCCUGACGCGCCCAGACUCGCCAUCGCCACAUAAAGCUCCACUGGAACG